GGGAAAGAAGCCCUGACCCACUUCCCCUCCCUAGGAACCUCGACAAACUCAGCCCAGGGGAAGGCUCACAUGAAGCAGUGUGACUUGCUGAAGCUGUCCCGCAAGCAGAAGAGGUUGUGUCGGAGGGAGCCCGGCUUGGCAGAGACGUUGCGCGAUGCCAUCCGCCUUGGGAUCAUGGAGUGCCAGUUCCAGUUUCGCAGCGAGCGCUGGAACUGCAGCCUGGAGGGACGGACCAGUCUGCUGAAGCGAGGUUUUAAGGAAACAGCCUUCCUAUAUGCAGUGUCUUCUGCAGCUCUCACCCACUCCUUGGCCAGAGCAUGCAGCGCGGGUCGCAUGGAGCGCUGCACCUGUGAUGACUCCCCAGACCUGGAGAACCGCAAAGCCUGGCAGUGGGGUGUGUGUGGGGACAACCUCAAAUACAGCACCAAGUUCCUGAAAAAGUUCUUGGGUCAGAAGCGGAUUGGCAAAGAUCUGCGGGCCAAGGUGGACAUCCACAACACCAAUGUGGGCAUCAAGGCUGUCAAAAAUGGACUCAAAACCACAUGCAAGUGCCACGGCGUCUCCGGUUCGUGUGCCGUCCGGACUUGUUGGAAGCAGCUUUCGCCCUUCCAUGAGGUUGGACGACUGCUGAAGCUGCGCUACGAUGAUGCUGUCAAGGUCUUCAGCACCACCAAUGAUGCUGUGGGACACUCAGAGCUGGCCAGCCCGCAGAGACACAGCCAUUCCACCAAGCACCACGCUUCGCCCCGCGCCACCGACUUGGUGUACGUGGAGGAUUCGCCCAGUUUCUGCCGUCCCAGCAAAUACUCCCUGGGAACUGCUGGGAGAACGUGCUCUCGGGAGGGCAACUGUGACAGCAUGUGUUGUGGACGAGGCUACAACACCCAGAGCCGCCUCGUUACCUUUUCUUGCCACUGUCAGGUGCAGUGGUGCUGCUAUGUUGAGUGCCAACAGUGCAUGCAGGAAGAAGUGGUCUACAGUUGCAAGCAGUAAAUCAGUGCUGGAGGGUUAAGGCAAAUCCUAUAGUACAAGAAAGCAGUAUAGAGAGUGGGAUGUGAUUCUCAAAGGUGGCGUAAGGGAGAAGACAAGCACCAAAAAUGUCUUGUUAUCUCAGUGCUGAGAUCCCCCUGUCUGGGGACAGGGUAUGAAAUGCAGAGGUUUGCCAGGUAACACAUCAGGAAGGGGAGAGUGGAAGUGAUAAGGGGACAGUAGGAACAUUGAGGCAGUCAAACUCUCUUGAGCUUGUAACCACAUGCAGGAAUAUUCCCCUCUCCCAUCCCUCACUUGCACUUAUGGAAAUACAGGGGUGGUGACAUCAAAAUACCAAGGGCUUUUACCCUGUUGCCUGGAGGAGAGAAGGACUGGAGGGGCAACUAACCAGAGACUGCAUGCUGAUGCACCAAGGCUAAUGAUUCUGGCAGCAGAGGAUCUUAAUUACCAUUCUCCAGAAGCUGUUUGAAUCUUUUCUGCUUUGAACACACUGUUGUGUAGGGUCAUUUUGAGGCAAGUGUUGUUCCUCAGAAUGCCACUUUGCAAACAAAUGGAGCUCAUAUCCAUCAUCUCCCAGGUCUACACUUUGGGCAUUGGGCUCCAAGCACACUGUAACCAUGGUUGAACUUUGCUGAACACAGAAAACCUGGAAUUGCCUUUGUUAGCAGUGAUCUUUUGCAACAUGCAGCCUUGCAAGGGGUUGUGUUAUGGUGGUGGAUCCAGGGUGAUGGUGCUAAUUAUGCAUCUGUUUUUUUAUUUUAUUUUUUUUCCCAAUCAGAAAGCCUCUUUUGUCUUAUGUGUACUGCUCUUUGCCCUUGCACCCAAUGUUCUGUCCUGCGCUGUGCAAAUGAUACACAAGAUUUUCACAGUAACUGGGGUGUCUUAAGAAUUUGCAAGUCAUUAAUGACAAUAGGAAGCCAGAUAUAUCUGGCCAGUGCAGGGAUUUGUCAUGAGGGAAGUGAUCUAGGGGAAGAGCAUGGACCAGAGAACCAUGGAACCACGGACUGACUGAAGUUGGACACGAUCAUUUACGCAUGCUUUGAACAGUGACUUUGCAGUGAUGAGCAUGUACUCACUUCACCUUGUUGCUCUCUGGCUUUUAUGACUAGUCUCACUUUCUGCUUUAUAAAAGGAUGGGACAGGGCUGACUUAGAGCAGAUCGAGCCUCUAACUGGCUUUGUAGAAGCCAUUAACACCUUCCUAUUGGCUAUCUACAGGUCUCUUAAUGGACCUAUUCCUUUUUAUCCCUUUUUUUUUUUUUUCUGGCUUAAGUUGGCUUGAACUGAAUUAAAGUGUUUAUGACAGACAUAAUGCUGCAAAUUGGGUUAAUUGGCCUUUUUAAAUACCCCAGAAAUUAAUAUUGAGCAGACCAUUAUUUACAUGUUACUCUUAAUCCUGUUGGAGUUGAAAACUUCCCACGAGUCUCAAUGUUCUCAAUGAACAAGCAUACCAGUGAGCUAAAUUAUUAGGAACAGGAAUAAUAGAUGAAGGAACAAAGGAACUGACUUUGAUCUGCACUGAUUCCAGCCUGCCCCACUUGUACAGCAGCUGAGAGAAUGGCAGUACCAUGUCACUGGAUCCCACGUCGUUGCACGGAACAUUCUCAUUUAAACAGUGAGAGGUGGUGGUGGAGGCUGGAAGCAUUUUUAGGGAUAUCAUUCUUUGGGAAGCAAGGGGAGAAUACACCAUUCUGUCUUCUUGCCUUACUGAAGCUCCAUUUCCCAGAUGCCCAUUGGCCAACUGCACAAUCCAUUCUCCACACCCAGAUCUCAUAAUUUAAAGGCAGAUAAGAUGCUCCUAAAUGGAAAGUGUCCUUGAUGAGCUCAGUCCUUUUUAUUGGUCUUUGUAGGGCCCUUGGA